CGGCCGCGAAGACAUAUCAAAAGGUUGGUCCUCGUAGACCUGGGACUUCACACGUGUUUAGUACACUUGUCAGUUCAUCCACCCACGUGCGCCCCCUCCCUUCUCUUUCACUUUGAACAAACAAACAAACAAAGAAACCAUCGUAUAUAAUAGCAGCGACAUACUCCAUCACUCCCAUUCAGACCUUUUUGUCUCUUUGAUUUUCUUCAUCUGUAUCAGCUCCAUUUCUGUUAAGCCAUAAUAAUGCUAAAAUCUAAGAGCUUUUUUCUUGAAUUAGCAAAGGGUUACGAUGAUGGAGUUGACAUCUUUGGUUGGUGGAAUCGAAUGUUGAAAGCCACCGAUGACGGCAAACAAGGCAUUUUUUACGCUCUAUGUGCUGCUUAUGCCUUUGUAUCCUUCAUUGCUCUGGUACAACUCAUCCGCAUCCAGUUGCGUCUUUCUGGAAUUGGUUGGACAACACAGAAGGUUUUUCACUUGAUGAAUUUUGUUGUCUGUGGAUUGAGAGCAAUUUUAUUUGGUGUCUACAGGAGUGUGUUCUAUCUGAGACCAAAAGCACUUGAGAUGAUGCUGCUGGAUCUCCCUGGUCUUCUAUUCUUCUCCACAUAUACACUACUAGUUCUCUUUUGGGCUGAAAUAUUUCAUCAGGCAAGAAACCUUCCAAUUGAUAAACUUCGACCUACAUAUUAUGCAGUUAAUGCAGUCAUAUAUAUUAUACAGAUAUGCAUAUGGAUCUUCAUUAGGGUUGGUUCAACUUCGGCUGGUGUUGAAAUUGCAAAACUCUUUCUCGCAAUUAUUUCACUUUGUGCUGCUCUGGGAUUUAUCAUGUACGGUGGAAGGUUGUUCGCAAUGCUUCGACGAUUUCCUAUUGAAUCUAGAGGCCGUCAAAAAAAGCUUCAUGAGGUUGGUUUUGUGACUGGUAUUUGCUGCACUUGUUUCUUGAUCAGAUGUGUUGUGGUUGCGAUUUCUGCUUUUAAUGGGAGCGCAGACGUCGAUGUCAUUGACCAUCCCGUUCUCAUUCUCUUCUAUUACCUGGUGGUGGAGAUUGUGCCUUCUAUUUUGGUGCUUUAUAUCCUGCGCAAAUUGCCUCCAAAACGUGUAUCGGAGCAGUAUCAUCCUAUUCAAUAACUCAUAAAAAAGCUAUCCCUGAUUUUAGUGCUUCACAGCUUUAGUUAGAAGAAGCGCCAUGCAACCAAAUCACUAAAUAUAUUUGCAAAUUUCUUUGGUUGUUGCUUACAGUUUCUUUGUGUUGCUUUUAUUGGUUUUGGCGUUUGUCUCCAGUGACGGGGAGUUGAUAGUUUGAUACCCAACACCGCUGUUUAGAAGUCUUGAACUAUGUAUUAUUCAAAGUGUGACAUAGAAAUUAGAAUUUGGAUAUGUUUUGUUGGAAAAAUAAUUGGAAGUUAGGAGAAGCAGCCCUUGCCAGGCAACUUGGUCACUAAAAAUAUUCACAUCUUUUUUUCUCUUAA